UAUUUUAUUGCUGAAGGAAUCUUCUUCCUUUUUUUGCACAUCGCAUCCCUUUUCAUCUGCAUCAAAUACCCAUCUCGUCAUUCAACCCGAGCAAUUUCCCGUUGCAGAUAAUACCGUCUGUUUUAAACGCUGAUGUCGUCCCCCAUCAUUCUGUGCAGGGUCAAAGCGCUAUACACAUUCGAUGGAACAGAGCCCACCGCACUCAGUUUUAAUAAGGGCGAUAGUAUUGAUGUACUCGCCCAACUCGAUUCGGGCUGGUGGGAUGGAUGGUGUAAUGGCAAACGAGGAUGGUUUCCAAGCAAUUAUGUUGAAAUCAUCGACGAAUUAAGCGAAGAUCUCGAAGAAGUAGAUCAACAAGAUGGUCUCGAGCUUGGAGGAUUAAUGUCGGAUCGAAGAAGUUCUCGAGAACUCCAAACUCAGCGAAUCUCUACGACCGCUGCAGUUCCACUGGAUAUCAAGCAUCAUCGUUUGAGUUUUACAGGCAUGGCAUCAGAUGAUCCGAAAUCAGAUAGUUCAAACAGUUAUGAGCAACAAACGUUGUUACUGGAUAACGCUUCCGAAUUACCACCUGGGUGGCGUCUUCAAUUAACUGACCAUGGCCAUGUCUUUUACAACGAAGUCACAGGCGAUGUUCGUCAUAAUCUGGAAAUAGACGAAGACAAUGGCUCCAUUAGCGAAUCAGCAGAAGAUGAUGAAUUAUUGGAUCAAUCUGAACCAUCUCAAUCACAAAGCAGAGACUCUCAAUCUCAUCAGAGUAGAGAUUCGUUAUCUCAAGGCCUAGAUUCGCAGUCCCAUCAGAGUAGAGAUUCUUUAUCUCAAAGCCGGGACUCCCAGUCGCAUCAAAGUAGAGAUUCUCAGUCACAAUUCCGAGAAGACAAUGCGCGAAGCGUCUACAGUGAAAGUAUGGACGAAUCGAGUGUAUUUGAAGCUGGGUCAACUGGGAUGCCCAACUCGCUAGAUGGCGUGAUGCUUCCUGAACAUUGGGUAAGCGAAAUCACACCGCAAGGAAGAACUUACUUUAGACAUCAAGUUACGAAUGAUAUAGCAUGGGACAUGCAAAGUCUAUUACAAGGGACUCAAAAUUCGGUCACCGAUACAACAUCCGGUCCGUCUACGAGAAGUGCCUCUUUGAGUGCCCUUUCUAAUGCUCCUAUACCAUUACCGAGAUCACAAUCACGCCAGGCAGUGGCACGAAGAACAACUCUAAUAGAUCUCAAUGAGCCUCUUACCUGGUCUCGCAUGUUCUCCCAUAUCGCCUUGGCUAUUCACAACCUUAACAUGACAUUUGAUUUACGCAACUCCACCGACUAUAAGAAAUGCGUCACGACAGUGGUGAAUGCCAUUCGUCUGAUGUUGUUCGGCUCCCAUACCCUCGAUAAAGAAUCGAUUCAUCUGAAGAACAGCCGAAAUUUAAAAGCACAGCAUCGCAGUAUCAUGACAACUGUCUCCAAGCUUGUAUUGACCGCCAAGGCUGCCUCUGAAGCCUUUCCUCCACAAUUUGAAGAAUUGGUGGCCAAAAUUAAAGAAGAAUCUAUGGACUUACUUGGCACCGUACAAAACUUUGUGACCCAAUGCCAAGACAUGCAUAUCACAAUUAGACACAUUGAUCCUAGAAUAGUCGAUUCUGACCACGAGUCACGAACUCACAGACGAAGCGAUACCGCUUCGUCCGGUCCCAUCGUCGUUCCUGUCCCAACGCGUAAUAGACGUCCACUUUCAACCGAGGUGAUGACCCGACUACAAACCCACGAUACCAAACUGCAAGCCAACUUGGACAGCCUCCAAUCUUGCGUUAAAAAAAUGCUCCAGCAACAGUCUCAAACCCCGAUUGACUCAAAAGAUGGUGAUCUGUAUUCCACAUCUCAAGCCAAUUUACCCAUCCUGGUAGCUGAGUUCAAGGAAACCAUUAAGCAUUUAGGUCAUUGGCUCGCUUUAUUGGAAACCACGGAAUUACAGUACCUCGAACCACUCGAUCAGAAUGUCAUCAAAGUCAACAAGCAAAAGUUGUAUAAUAACAGUGGUUUACUAUUUUCUGCCAUUCAGCUCGCAACCGAUGAUUCUACUUGUGGACAAGUGUCAGAAGUCAGCCAUGUUGGUAAGGAUAUCGAAGUUCGAAUUACAAGAAUUAUGAAUAUCCUGGAGCAAUAUAGAGAGGAGUUUGAUGAGACGGCCAUGCAUGGGCCAAACCAUGACAAUGGCGAUGUCAAAGCAUCGGAGCAAAUGGUGCCAAAUGAUGGCGUCUUCACUGAUGAACCGAAUGCGAUCGAGAGUACGAACGAUGACGAAUUAUCGGACGAUUCAUUGAUGGAAGAAUUCGACAAGGAAUUAAGGAAGCAUGGUGAUACUGGACCUAGGCAUUCCGAAAAUUUACAGCGUGAUCAAACCGCCGAGCUAUCCAGUCUCGCAUCGUCUCGAUCUCCCACUGACAAACUUCGAAAAUUCUUUGGUGAAGAUGCUGCAGCGGCUGCCGCUGCCAAUUACAGCCCCAAGCAAACCGUUGGCGGCAAUGUCUGGUACCUUGGCUAUGGAUAUCGUCCACACGACAUUAUGUUCAGUAUGGAAGGCAGUGUACGUGGCGGUACAUUGGAAGCUCUUAUCGAGCGAUUAACAUUACAUGACUAUCUCGACAUGAACUUCAUUGCUACUUUUCUCUUGACCUAUCGUUCAUUCUGUACUACGGAAGAGCUGAUAUCGCAUCUUCAGAAACGAUAUACCUUGGCCCCUCCAGAAGAACUGACUAUGGAGGAGUUGGAAAUCUGGGUGGAGAAAAAGCUAAAACUGGUUCGAUUACGUGUAUUCAACGUUCUCAAGACCUGGAUCGAGAAUUACUAUUAUCAAGAAGACUACGGUGUUCUUGAAAGUCUUCGACAAUUUACCAUUACUGUCAUUCGUGACACCUUGACGUUUUCUGCAGAGCAACUUGAACGCCUCAUCAACAUGCGACUUGAAAAAGAUAAACAAUCGGAAAUGAAGAAAAUGAUCUCCAAUAAUAAUUCCAUUGCGCCCAUGCCCAUUCUACCUCGUAACUUGAAACGCAUUCGAUUACUGGAUGUUGAUUCGGUUGAGUUGGCACGACAGCUUACAGUUAUCGACUUUAAACUAUACAGUGCCAUCCGACCCAUCGAGUGCUUGGACAAGGCAUGGUCCCGUGACGAUGAAACUGGAAAAACCGCAAGCAACAUCAAGGCAUCGAUUCUGUUUUGUAAUCAAGUAACUGCAUGGGUUUCCGAUUCCAUCUUGAGUCAGCACGAAGCCAAGAAACGAGCAGCCAUUCUCAAGCACUGGGUCCAGGUUGCAGAACGUUGCCGAAUGCUAGGUAACUUUAAUACAUGCAUGGCUAUUCUGUCUGCAUUUGACAAUAGUGCUAUUGGAAGACUGAAGCGAACGUGGGAAAUUGUGGGUGCUCGCACCAACCAGACGUUGGUGCAAAUUCGAAAAUUGAUGGGCCACGAAAAGAAUUUCAUCGAGUACCGUGAAAUCAUUCAUUCCAUCAACCCACCCUGUAUCCCAUUUUUGGGUAUCUAUCUUCAAGAUCUGACGUUCAUCGAGGACGGCAACAGUAAUUAUCUGAAGAAAACCCAAGACCUUAUCAACUUUGCCAAACGCAUGAAAACAGCCGAGGUCAUUCGAGAGAUUCAGCAGUACCAGUCUGUUUCAUACUCGUUGCAGCCUGUUCGUGAACUUCAAUUGUUCAUCAAAACACACCUGGAAAAUAGUCGAGACGAAGAGAUUCUCUACAGCCUGAGUGUUGCUCUUGAACCAAAAGAGCGCGAAGACGAAAAAAUCGCUCGACUCUUGCAGGAAUCUGGAUUCUUGUAAACUCUUUGAUAUCCCCCCACGCCGACCAUUCGGCUUGCUUACUUCUGUGCCCCCACAAAAAUAUACUUCGUUGUACACUAUACUAUACCACACGCAUUUCCAUUGACCUGGAUCGCCAUUUAUUGUAGUUUGUUUUUUUUUUCUGUUAGCUCUGUCCGUGUCAUUCUUACAUGCCCUUUUUUUUUUUUUUUUCCUUGGCUGCUGAUCUUUUUUUCUUCGUUACGAAAGAGACGAACACACUAUAAAAA